CCUGGAUCUACAUCAUUCGGUUCUUGUUACUCAAGAGCUAUUGUUUCUAUUCUUUUGAAUCAAAGUGAUAAUGUUUCUAUUCCCAUUCGCCCACUUAACCUCCCUCUUGGGUAGCCUUUAUAAUGACACGUGACCCUGGCGUCAUACCCGAUGCAAACAAACCAAACAAAAACACGACUUUCUUCAUUUGCCCCGUGACUUGAUCCAAGUCGCGAUCCGCCUCACAAUUGACAAACAGUCAGACGGUGCAUUUCUGCUCGCUCGCCCGCCAUGUAUCGCAUCGAACUUCUUCCCGGAUCGUCCUCACACGUCACCCCUGGAUGGUCCUAUGUGCCCGACCGCGGCGUCGGACCUGCCAAAGCCGCCAUCGCGCCAGCCGUUGGCCGGAAACGAGGCAUCCGUGAACCAGGAGGGCGGGGGAAUCUUUCGUCAAGACAGUCGAAUGCUAUUAUCCGUCACUUGGCGGAACUGGAUCGUGAGAAUCACAAAGAUGUGCAGAUCCCUGUCCCUGCGAGACAGAGAGAGACAGCUGCCAGGGCUCCCCGAGCAAAAACAACUACAAACUCGCGCCGUAUCCUGCAAUCCCAGAAGACGUUCCGAAACUACCUAGACGACGAAGAGGCCGCGCUCGCGCAGGCGGCGCAAACCACCACCCAGCGCCCGAGCGUGUCGAAAGUGACAAAACCCACGAAUCUGCGCCGGAGCUCGACUCCCGCCCAAGUCGUGGCCUCAAAACCGGAACCGAAGCGGCAGAAGAAAGUUCCGGCGCCUACAACUGCCGCACCUGAGACAACGCUCUCGGCCUCGACAGGGAAAGAAGGGAAAGGGGGUGAAUCAACUGAAGGAAAGGAAAAAGAAAAAGAAAAAGGAAGGGAAGAAGGAGAAGGAGAAGGAGAAGGAGAAGACGGGGAAGAUGCUGCAAACACACUCAUCUCCUCGCCAUUCGACAACGAUCCUCUUCUCCGCUCAUACAUCCCCUCUGCGCCCUCGGAACGUAUCAUGCAGGCCCUCCUGGCCGAACCGCCGUUAACUUACAACGCCUCGCGGGCGGGGCCCUCAGCCUCGAGUAAACUGCCGCGCGGGUUCUGCUGUAUCUGCGGAUACUGGGGGAAGAUCCGAUGCAAGAACUGCCAUUUACGCACGUGCGGGCUGGGCUGUUACAAGGUGCAUGAGGAUUCUCGGUGUGGUGCUUUUUUCUAGCAGUAUUGAUCUGAUAGAUCUGAUUGAUCCGGAUUGAGCAGAUAAUGAGU